AUCUGAUCAUUGAAACAUCUGUGUAUAGACGAUACAUUUAAAGUGCCAGGGAAUCCAUUUGUAUUGUAAUAAAAACGUCUCAUUGGUAUUAUUUACUUUAUCAUUUGUAGGUGUUCUUUAUUUAAAAGAAAAAUAGUCAUUGCACAGUUCAGAGAAGCACUGACAAUAUAAACAAGCUAUUGAACAGGGCAGAUACACUAACAAGCUAUAGAACGUGACAGAUACUAGAACAAUGAAGAAAAGUUUGCACAUUUUCCUGGCAAUAAUUCAUUUGGCUUAUUGCAAAGAUGAAGAAGACGAAUGCAGGUGUGAACAACCCAAACGUUUGGAUCCAGCGGAAGGAGCGACAAUACUUUCCGAUGGACUUAACUGUGGUUCUUCGGUCCAGUGGAAAUGUGCAGGGGAUGGCCUAAUGGAGGAGCCGAUAUCGUAUCAAACAUGCGAAAACGGGAAAUGGGUUCCGGAGUUUGAAGGAGAUCCCUGGUGUGAGAAAUAUCUGGAAGUAAAUCCAUGCAUCGCCUGGUCUCAGAAGGGCUUGUGUAAGAAUAGAUCAUUUUGUAUGGUCGAUGGUGAAACAUCUAAUGCAAGGUGUUUCUGCAGACCUUAUUCCACUGGGUUGUUUUGCGAUCAACCAUCAGACGAGUUUUGUGCUGGUAUGGACUGUGGCCAUGGUGAUUGUGAAAUACACGAGGAAGAGAACUCUCAUUACUACACGUGUACAUGCCACGAUGGGUGGAUUGGCCGUCAUUGUGACACUCAAAGUCCUUGCGUAAAAGCUAACAGAGAGGGUUUGUGUAAAGGUGGUUCUUAUUGUAAACCCUCAAAGGUCGAGUAUAUGGCAGAACAUAGGGCUCGACCCGAAUGCCAAUGUCGCCCAUUCACCACUGGCACUUCCUGUGAUGAAACGUCAGAGGAAUACUGUUCAAUGCCAGAGUAUUGUAAGAAUGGUGAAUGUACUUUCCACGAUGGAGACAGACAUUAUUACACAUGUGAAUGUCACGAGGGGUGGUUUGGUGCAACAUGUGACAGAAACGAACAAGAAGACUGCGCAAGAUGGGACACGUAUUAUUCUUCGGGCUUUUGUUUAAAUGGAGGCGUGUGCUACCUCAAAGAUUUUGGCAAUGACAUAUGGGACCCCAGAUGCAGAUGCCCGGAAACCACAACUGGAAUGAGAUGUGAAACCCAACUGAAUGAGUAAAAUAAAAAUCGAAAUUGUCGAUGUAAUUUAUUAAUGAAUAGGUUUUAGAAGAGUAAUUUAAUAAAAUAUCAUACCAGUAUAUAA